AUGGAGAUGCGCUACGCCAUGCAGCGGCAUCUUGACUGCGGGGAGCUGACCCAGCGGAACGGCUUUGCCUCACCUCCAGGCACCAAACGCUGCGUGCGGACGCCUGUGCUCGGCCGGAGCAUCAAUGUGUCGAGGAACAAGAAGGUGGUUGUGUCCGCGGCCGCUGUCGCAUCGGAGGCUAAGGGCAGCGUGGCGCAGAAUGGCUCCACUCAGGCGCAGUUUACUGACCCGGCAUCGAACCUGGAAAUGUCAAAGGCGAGCACAUGCUUGGGGGCGAUCCCGACCGUGCUGGGCAUCAUUCUCGGCGGCGGCGCGGGUUCCCGCCUGUACCCGCUGACUAAGAACCGCGCCAAGCCCGCGGUGCCCCUGGGCGCCAACUACCGCCUCAUCGACAUCCCCGUCAGCAACUGCGUCAACAGCAACGUCACCAAGAUCUACACCCUCACGCAGUUCAACUCGGCGUCGCUCAACAGGCACCUGUCGCAGGCAUACAAGGGCGGGGCAGCGCGGGCGGCCGCGGCGGCAGCUCCCGCCCCUGCGGCCAGCCCUGUGGCAGUGCAUGGCGGCAGCGGCGGCGGCGGCGGCGGGGGGGGGCUCAUGGCAGUGGCGCUGAACGGCACCGUGGGCGGCUACAACAACCGCGGCUUUGUGGAGGUCCUCGCGGCCAGCCAGUCCCCGGUGCGCAAGGAGUGGUUCCAGGGCACGGCCGACGCGGUGCGCCAGUACCUCUGGCUCUUCGAGGAGGCGGUGCGCGACGGCGUGGAGGACUUUUUGAUCCUGUCUGGUGAGAGGGGGGGCGGCGGGCCGGUCCGCAUGUGCGCCGGGACGGGCGCGGAAACGGGCGCGCGGCGCGAGGCGCUUCCGGUGAGGGCCCUGGUGAACCCCGGCUUCGCCUGA